CUCACCACAAACGUCCCCCUCCCCAUCACGACCACCUCCAGCGACCUCACCCCACGACCUCCAAACUUUAAUUCGCCCUUCGCCGGCCUCUCCCCUGCCGUGCCCUGCACACGCUCGAUCCCGGCCGACCAUUGGCAGCAACCCGCCCUCCGUUCUCGCUCUUUCAGUCGCACGCGCCGACCGCAGCCGCUCUCCGAAACUUCUCGAUAGCCGUAGCCUGCCUACGCACGCCGACCACAAGGGCAACUAGUGUCGGCGCGCCUCUUGGAGCCGUCCACGAGGUUGCGCCCCCCGCUGCCGAACCUGCCUCCGACAUCCAUGCGCCCGGCCAGACAUGGAGCGCUUGAGUAUUGAUCUCCCCACGAGCGAUGGCGCCCUCGAUGCGAUGGGCGACGCCCCGGCCUUCGACUCCUCAAACCGCCCCGUCAAGAAGUCUAGCUCGACCUGCGCGACCUGCCGAGCCCGCAAGGUCAAGUGCGACGGCCGGCGAGACAUGUGCCAGAACUGCGAGCGGCUGGGCUUCACUUGCUCGUUCCAAGACACCGGCUCGCCUGCGAUCGAUGCCGAGACGGCCGCAUCUUUCUCCCUCCCACGGCGGCGAGUACGUUUGGCCUGUAUCAAUUGCCACUCGCGCAAAGCCCGCUGCAGCGGUGAGACUCCCAAGUGUGCCCGCUGUCAGUCACAAGGGAUCGAAUGUGUCUACAAGCCUACGAAACGUUCUGGUGGUGUCAAUGGCAGCUCGACACAUUACACCGGUACUGGCACCGGCACCGAUUCAGACCAUGACUCUAUAGGAUCAGAGCCCCCGGAAAAGCGGCCUAUGCUGCGCAAGGACGACAACGGGGCCCAUCAUGGUCGCGUGCCCGGCCAAGACGACGCCAGUUACGACCUGUCGAGAGCGCCCGCCGCCAGAAUCUUCGGCCACGAGCCGAUACAAUUCCCCGACGAGACGCUGAUCCUGCGUACAUUCAACAACUUCUUCCGCCACGUUCACCACGUGCCAGUCUUUUCCUUCCUCCACCGAGCGUCGCUAAUGCAGCGAUACCAUUCCGGCAUGAUGGAUCGGGCCUUGUUGUUGGCCCUGGUCGGUUUGACAUCCCUCCUGACCGAUCUCGGGCCUGGCAUGCGCGAGUACGGCACCAAGUGCAUAGACGAGUGCCAGAACAUGAUUUUGCAGGACCUCGAGAAUCCCUCGACGAUCAAGAUCCAGGCGCUGCUUCUCAUCAUGAAGCACCGCAUGCUCUCACGCAGGUUCACUGGUGCCUUUAUGCUUGCUGCCACGGCAGCACGAUUUGCAUAUGCCCUGCGCCUCAACUACGAGAACCCAGGCCUAUGCUUUCUCGCCAGAGAGUCUAGGAGACGGCUCAUGUGGGCCUUUGUCACCAUAGACUCUGGCAUUAACGGUGGCUACCCGGACUUCACGCUGCUACCCUCCGAGUCGAUGCAUAUACAACUGCCCUGCAACGAGCGGAAUUUUGAGUUCGACCUGCCGCAAGUCACCGAACACCUCCGCCCAAUCCCAACGAAACCGUUUCCCGAUGACGUCGGGUCGCUGGCUCUCCACGUGCGCUUGUUGUGGAUGCGUAGCCGAGUGCUCUACUGUACAAAGAAUGUCCUCGCCAUGCCCGACACGGAGAUCGCCCAGCUACCAGAGCUUGUCAAGGUCCUCGAGGAGGAGCUGCAGGGAUUCAACGAGCAUCUUCCCGCCUCGUUCAAAUUCUCCGACAGCAAUCUACAGCUUCGGGCUUAUUCACCACGCUUGUGUGUCUUUAUUAUGAUACACAUCUGGUGGAGGCAAUGCCACAGCGACUUGUAUCGUGUGGUCCUUAGUGGCUUGAAGGAGGCGCUUCCGCGGUCCGCAAUCGACCGCCUCCACCCUCAAUUCGUCAUGCACUGCGCCCGCCGAAGUUACGAGCAUGCGUUGGCGAUGGCGGAAAUCUUCAGGUCAAUACAUCAACUCGAUGGCGGCUUGCCCGUCACAGACCUCGACCUUCCAGCGUGUGCCUAUCAAUGCGCUCGCAUGCUGUUCCAUGCCCACCAGAUGCAUGCAGGCGAGUUUGGCAUCUCGGCGGAUUUGAUCAUGGAACACACAAGCCGCUGUCUGCAGGUAGCGAAGACUAUGGCUCACCUGCCAGCUGGCGCUGCUAUCGUAUCCGACCUCGAGAAGUUGAUCUCCAACGGUCUGUCCGCCAGCAGCUCUCCGAGUCUACCUGCCAGCCCGGCACCUGGUGCUGUCAGCGUGAUUUCACAACAAGUCCUGUCGCGCCACAACCCUGUUCAGCAAAUGCGUCUGACCGAUGAUAACGACAUCACAGCGGGUACUGGACGAUCGCCAUCCAACUACAUCCCUUCACCCCAUGGAAACGGGUCCGUGCACACUCCUACAACAGUGCAGAACAUGCAGCAGCAGCAGCAGCAGCAACAUCAGCAGCAGCAACAACAACUUACGACACAGCCUCAAACCCAGGCGCAACAGCAACAGCAGGCCAUGAUGCAGCAGCAAAUGGCUGCGCGCGGUAUGCCAUAUCCCGAUAUGUCGCAGCCGCUGUUGAACUCGGCCAUUGCAAAGCCGAACCUUCCCCCAGUGGUGCCACCCGAGGGGCUGGACAACAAUAAUGCUUUCGAGGGCGCUAUGGAUGGUUUCGACUUCAAUUUUGUUUCGUACGGAAGCACAGGCCUCGAGUCGGUGUCCUGGUUUUCGAACGAGUGGCUCAACACCGAAUUCCCGCAGACGGCAGUCUGAAUCUGACGUUGGAGCACGCAUCCUGCUGUUGCCUCUUUGACCCGCCACUCGAGACGACACAACAAUACGCAUUUUACGAAGCAUUUGUAUGACACGGCGCACCGGCGUUUGCUGCACUAUUCCCCACCCAUUCAUUGUUGAUAGAUCAAAAAAGCUUGUUUUCCCCUACGUCGGCACUCGGACCUGUCGUCAUCUACGCUCCUUUUAUCCUGUGGAGUUCUAUUCAGGCGUGCAUAGUAUUUAUCAUGCUGGGAUCUUGGUCGGCCUGCUCUGGCUUCGAUGUGGUUGGAGUCGUGAUGUAUAUACGGAAUGAAAUAUUGGUCUUCCCUGCGAUUAUCGGUUUGCUUUACUGGGUGCGUGGUGUAAUCAUGACUUUUACCAUGACCUCCAGCGGAGGCUCGGAAGCCGGGGGCCCUCGGCACUAUUCAAACAUCGAUGUUGUACUCAAGCACGUAGUAUGGACGUAGCAUGAACAUAUGCCCAAUGAAGCUCUGC